AUGAGUGAGAGAGAGAAAGGUGAUCAUGGGAAGAAUCCUGGCAAAUCAAGUGAAGAACUUGACAUUCUUCAAAGAAGUAAUAAGAGGAAUAAAGGUGAGGGAGAUCAGUUUUCAAAUGAUGUAUCUAUGAUACCUAGACAUGAAGGUUGGAUGGAAGAUGAGAAUGGCCAACGUUCAACCUGGAGGGAAAUUCUGAUGCGUCAUAAUGGAGAAGAUGAUGAAUGGGAAGGAGAGGCGUCUGCCGAGGAAGACUUAGAUGGGGAGGAACCUGCUGAGGAAGAGGAUGUCAACCAUGGAGGAAUUAAGAUGUGGGAGGAAGAUGAUGGGCGUACUUAUUUUAGUUGCACCAAAAGAGCAAGGAAGAGAAUGAGGAAACCUUGGGAGAAAGCUCUGAUUGUUAAACUCCUUGGGAAGAAAAUUGGGGUGGAGUUUAUGAAGAAAAAAAUAAAUGUCUUAUGGGCUAGAAAAGGCAAAAUCAAUGUCACUGAUAUUGGUAAUGACUUUUUCGUAGUCCAGUUUAGUGAGAAGGAUGAUCUCAAUUUUGCGUUGAACGGUGGUCCAUGGAUUGUUUUGGGUCAUUAUUUAUCGUUGAGGAAGUGGGAACCAACUUUCAGACCUAAUAGUGCUGGAAUUGCUAAGAUUGCUGCUUGGAUUCGUCUACCGGAUAUUCCCAUUGAAUUCUAUGAUGAAGCUUUUUUUAGAAGGAUUGGAAACUGGUUAGGCAAGAUGAUCAAGGUAGACAGCAAUACAAAUGCUCAUGUAAGAGGACGGUUUGCAAGAAUAUGUGUGGAACUGGACCUAUCUCAGCCAUUAAAGGGUGAUUAUGUGCUGGAAGGAUUUACCAAACAAAUUGAGUAUGAAGGAUUAGGGCUCAUUUGUUUUGGUUGUGGGAAAUAUGGACAUAGCACCGAGAAUUGUUCAGCUGCUCCAAAGCAACGCAGUUCAUCCGAUAUUCAUAAUGACGAUCAAAUUCAUCAAGAGGAACCUGGCAACUCAGAAUUCCAUCGAAGCAAAGGAUUGGGACCUUGGAUGGUUGUUAACCGUCAACGCAGGAGCCGGCAACCUCCUCAGACGGCCGGUGCAGUCCAGCCAGGCGCUGAUAAUCAUGGUGAUAAGGAGGAAAUUACGCAAUCACGGUUUGCAAUCUUAACAGCUGGACCUAUUAAUGAGGAGGAUCAUAAUCAAAUAAUUAAUUCUGUUACUCCUCAUAUGGGGGCCCCUCAGUUUGAAAUUCCUCAGAAAAUAUGGACUAAAUCCAAAAAGUCCAAAGAUACCCCUAGGACUAAAUCAACGGUUCCUACUAUGCAUGCGGCUUAUUCUUCAAGCACGGGUAAGAGGUGUUCAGUCCAGAGUGAAAAUCGUGAAGAUCAUACUCCCGUUCCACCAUCUCCAUCAAUUGCUACUCCCAUGGCGGUUAGUCAUAUGCAAGCAAAUCAACAUGAUCAGGAAAAUGGGAUGAAAGCAGAUAGCACUUUGAACCAGAAUCAAGAGCAGUUAUAUGACACAUUUCAUAAAACUGGUCCUGAUAUAUCAGUUGACAACAGCAGCGACAUCCAAAAUCCUGAAACCUUAACCAUCUCUACGUGCAUGGAGGUGGACAGAGUUCACCAGGAAGAUAUUUCAAGAAUGAAGGAUGCAAGAACCUUGGAGGGAGCAGUGAAACCCCAGUUUCAAAAAUCGCUUUUUCUGUUUACUAGGAAAUAUAAGCCUAGUAUUGUAGUGAUUCUAGAACCUCGGUGUAGUGGUCAAAAAGCUGCUGACAUUAUCCGAAAAUCUGGGUUUAAGCAUGCUUUUGUUCAAGAGGCAGAAGGUUACUCAGGGGGUAUUUGGAUCCUCUGGAAUGAUGAGACUGGUCUCGUUGAAAUUCUGCUGGAUCUUGGAGGAUCAGGUCCUUGGUUUACAUGGAAGGGUCCGAAGUUUCUUCAUCUUGAUCGUGUUUUUAAGAGGCUGGACCGAGCCUGUGCUAAUGCAAGUUGGAAGACUACCUUUACUGAUGCUGGCGUUAAGGUACUUCCACGGAUUUAUUCUGAUCAUAGUCCCAUUUUGGUCUACUUGUCUAACUUGGACACAGGUUGGAAAAAUCGUCCCUUUCGCUUUGAGAUUGCUUGGAUGGAGCAUUAUAACUUUACUCAGUUUCUGGCUAGGAGCUGGAAUGUUGUGAAAGACACUAGAACGAAUCUGCAUGAUCUGACUCCAAAUUUAAAAAGAUGGAACAAGAUAGUCUUUGGCAACAUUUUCAAUAGGAAGACUAACCUAUUGCAUAGUAUUGCAGAAAUUCAGAAUCAUGUUGAUUAUCAUACCAACUUAUCUCUCCAAUCUAGAGAAAAGGAGGUUAGGAAGGACCUUGAUGCGGUUCUCAUACAAGAAGAGAUCUUAUGGUUUCAAAAAGCCAGG